CCUUCUUACUUUGUUUGGCUCUUUUUACUUUUUCUUGUUGUCAACGAAUAUAAAAAUUGACGCCCUCUUCACCUAUUAUUCUCGUAUUUCAAUUUUAUCUGUAAAAUAUAUUGAGUCAUUAAACACUCAUAGCUACAGUUAUGGCUUCAGCCAAAGUUAUUGCCAAGUUACAGGCGAAUCAGAACGCAAUGACACAACUUGCGGAACUGCAUUCUAAACAAGGAUCUAUUCUAUCCUCACCUUCAUUAGCUGCAACAAAUAAGAAACAGAUUGCAAACACACAACGCUGGCAACAACCUUUGUUGGCAACACAAUCUUCGCAAAAAAUCCCACCUUUAAGAGACGAGAAAGCUUUAUUAAAAAGACAUGAAAACGAUCCGCCAUCACUCUGCUUACAUUUAUACCCGACUUAUUUCAAAUUUGAACAUGAGGAUGGCUUCUUCUCGUACAAGAGUCAAUUUGAGGAUUUUCUGAAAUGCAUCAAAGAGAAACGACUACCAGACGAUCUAAUGGAUGUAUUUAAUGAGGCUUCUUGUCGAUUUUACGAUGGAUGUCUUAUUGUUGAAAUACACGAUAAUCGAAUGAAGGCUUCUGACAAUAUGUCAAAAAGAAGGAUUGUAAUGAGGCCAACAGCAGCAAGUAUAUGGACAGAUAUCAUAUUGCUUAGUGAAGAAUGGGGUUUUCCCUGGACAGACGACAUAGCAUUGGAAUUAGAAGCACAUAUUUUGAUUGCAACAGAAGAACCUCUUUGUUUGGAUCCCACAAUCCAAGUAUCGCGGUUAAGUAAUGCCAUUGAGUUCACGACACAACAAAGGCGUCCGAAGAAGAGAGCAAAGUAUAAUUCCGUUGAACGUGAACAAAAGCUUGCAAAAGAAGCUGAGAAAAAUAAACUCAUGACGCUGAUGGAUAGUCGAGCCAAAAGAGGGUUUCCUUUUGAACCUAAUUUUGGAAAGCUUUCAUUUAUCCAUGAUUGGAGAGUCAAAAGAACUAAGCAAGGAUCAGAACCAUUGCCAGCUAUUGACAUUAAAAAAGGGAAAGGUAGAAAAGGCAUCUCGGAGCCAUCCAUACUGCCAGAUGGGAAGAAAUGUUGCAGAACGAUUCGUUUUGAGAGGUCGGAAAAUGGUAAAAAGGUCUUUACCAUUGUUAACAUAUACACCAUGAAUGGUGAAUAUAAUGGUGUGUUUCGGUGGGGAACAGUAUAUGACACCAGUAUCGAUGGUGGAAACAUCGAUUUUGAUAUUGGACCUGAAUAUCUUAUGGAAUCAUAUGUUAUACAUUUGAAAGCGACCUAUGGACAAUUCAAUACACUAGUUUGUGACAAUUCAGCUGCAGCCGUUACGAAUGUUUUGCAAUCUUCACCUUCUGUGAAUCGUCUACCACCAUCCUCAGUUAUACCACCCAAUUUACAACAGCAACAAGUCCAACAACAGCAGCAACAAGUGACAAAUUUCCAGUUACAACAAUUGCAUGCUCAACAAAAUCGUGCCAUGCAAGCAAAAGCUGCUAUGUUACCCCCACAUCAACGAGCUCUGUUAGCUCAAGCACAAGCGCAACAAGCUGCACAGCAACAAAAUAUACUUCAGAUUUCACAACCGCCGCAGCAACUCAAUAUACAAACUCAAGUACAGGCGCCAAUGCAAUCACCUGUUCAAAGUCAAACACAGGCGCAGGCACAGGCACAAGCCCAAGCACACAUCCACGCUCAAAAUCAAGCCUCCACUCAGCCCCAUAUGCAGCAGAAUACAGCUCAACAAUCAAGAGCAUCAACCCCUACGCAGUCUCAUGUUAGCAGCUCUUCUAUUUCGCAAACACCCAUUCAACAAGCAGCUUCUUUACCGGCUCAGUCUAUAGCCUUGCCGAAUAAUGGUAUAAAAUCUCAACAGCAAACACCUACACAAUCGCAAGCCCAACUAUCUGCUCAGCAUAUGGCUGCUUUACGUCAACAGCAACAACAGCAGCAACAACAACAAAAUGCAGCUAUACAAGCUCUUGGAUUACAACAGCAAGCGCAAUCACAGGUACCUCAACAGGUACAACCUCAACAACAACCAAGGAAUAUGCUUUCAACAGCGCCUGCAUCACAAAUACCCAAUAUGGCAAUGAACGCGAAUAAUAACAUACCUGCUACUCCCGGUUUAGGACCAACAAUAACUCAGGCGCAAUUAUUACAGGGAGGUGUUACUAAUAAUACAGCAAACAUUCAGCAAAUAGCCUUAGCUCAAGCUUUAGCCACCGGGUCUUACCAAGGCGCUAUGCAAAAGAUUCAGCAAUGGGUGACAGCAGGUGCGUUGCCCUUAGGCAUGGCUCAACAACUCGUGUCACAAAUAGCUACUCGUAAUGUACAGGCACAGCAAGCAAUGCAACAAGCAGCACAACAAUCACAACAGCAACAGACUGUUCAGCAAGCGCCUCAAAUGAUCCCUCAGCAACAAGCAGCAGCGCAACAACAGUUUAAUCAACAAUCGCCUGUGCAGCAAAGAGUGGCUUCGACCAUCGCACAACCACAAGCUCAAUCGGUGCAACAACAGACAUCACAGCAGUUACAAGGCCAAUCAGCCGCUUCUCAGUUGUUUGCACAAUUAAGUCCAGAACUUCAACAGCAAAUGGCCACUUUGCUUACACGCCGAAACCAAUUGUUCGCUCUUGCUCAACAAAGAGCUAUACCCGCCGAACAGUUAAAAAUUCAAUAUGCACACCUGCAGCAGGCACAUCAAAAUAUUCUCCAACAGCAUCAGCAGCAGCAGCAGGCACAACUACAAACACAACAAUCUCUCCAACAACAAGCGCAAGCACGUGCUGCUGCUCAAGCAGCACAAGCAACACAGGUUCAAGCAAGUCAAACACCACAAAUGACAAAUGCGUUAUUGAAUCAACCUGGUAAUGCUACUCCACAAACAAAAUUACAACAAACUCCUGUUCUACCACAGCAGCAACAAACUCCCCAAUUAGCUCAACAAUCACAGCAGCAGCAGCACACAAGCCCAGCAACAAGGACAAGAUCGUGGUGCAGCUCUAACUCAACAACAACAAUUAGCUGCACUUCAAGUGAUGCGACAAAAUGGGCUUUUACGUGCUGGUGUCGGUAAUAAUCUUCAGCAUCAAAAUGUAAAUCGAGCGGCGGCGGCAGCUAUGAUAGCCAAUCUGAAUAAUCCUAAUAGUAGGAUCAAUGCUGCUGCAUUACAAGCUGCUAAUGCUAUUGCUGGAACAUCAGGUGUACCUGGCACGCCAUCAAUGACAGCAGCAGUACCCAAUAUGAAUACCAAUACUGCUACGGCUAACACAACUAACGCAAAUAACAAUAACGCUGCUUUAUUGAACCAGCAAGCGCAACAAAAUUUACAACAAUUUCAAAUGAACCUUCAAUAUCAACAACA